AUGGACGACAUAGUCUUUGAUAGACCCGGAGCGUUGACUGAAUGCACAGAGAUGGAAGAAGACGGGAGCAAUCGAUCGAUCGACGAGGUUGCGAGGUCCUCUGACCCCAACAGGUUCGUCGUAGAAGAGACCCCAGACCAGAAAUCAGACGCCAAGGCCUCAUGGCAAAUGGACACAACCACCAAGGAACAGGAGCGAAGCUGGAGGGACCUGUUGAAGGGUCUUGCAAGGGGCUGCGAUGUGACAAGGAUCUCGCUGGGAGCGCACUUCCUCCGUCCCAAGUCUACACUCGAGUGCCUGGCUGCUACCCUGCAGCACGGGAAGCUGAUGUCUGAGCUCAACAAGGGCCAGAGUGAGAUUGACAGGAUGAUUGCCGUGACGAAGUUCCAUGUGUCUGGUCUGAUCAAGGAGGUGUUCGACGGGAAGAAGCCCUACAAUCCGAUCUUGGGAGAAACUUCAGCAUGGGCGUUUGACAACGGAAGCACGACUUCCGGGAUUUCCCACAUGAUCUGCGAACAGGCAAGAGCCUGUGACAACCUUUAUUCGACUACUGACUUGCACCUUCAAAAGGUUUCCCACCAUCCUCCUAUCUCUGCGUUCUACAUCCGGAACAAGAGCCUUGCCGUGUCCAUGGAGGGCUACAUGCACACCGGAGCUCAGUUCAACGGGAACAGCAUCGCGAUUCCUUUCGGUCAGAGAACGCUGAGACUGGAGCAAUUCGGGGAGGACUAUAUGAUGACGAUGCCUACCAUGCAGUUUCGGGGACUUUUCUUCGGGGCUCGAGGUGUGGAGUGGACUGGCCCGGUCAUCGUGUGGUGCAAGAAGACUGGCCUGGUAUGCGAGAUGGAGUUCAAACCACUCGGCUUCCUCGGCAUGUGGGGAGAGUGGCAUGCAGGGAAGCUGAGGCGAGACACGAACGAAUCGGAAGAGGUUCUCUACGACGUCAGCGGCCACUGGGACACGAAGCUGAUACUGAGGGACAAGAGCACCGGAGCCGAGCAGGUGCUCUAUGACUACGACGAGUGUCAUGCCAAGGAAGCGCCUCAACGUCUCCAACUGAGCAACCAGCUCCCGACGGACUCGACCGUCUGCAUGCCGCUGAUGGUCUGGGGAAAGGUCACUGAGGCUCUUCUUGCUGGAGACCUCAACGUUGCGAAUAGGGAGAAGCUAAAGGUUGAGGAUGAGCAAAGGGCUCUGCGCGUGAAGGAGGCAGAGCAGAAAGUUCAGUGGACUCCCAAGUGGUUCAAGAAAAAAAAGAAUGGAGAGUGGACAACAAAGUUGGACGAGGCAGAGAAAUAUAUCGAGGAGAACAUGCGCGCAAGCAGCAGCAUCGAUGCCUAA